AAAGUAAAUGUUUACCAAGUUCUGUUGCGUUAGUCUACUCACCAAUUGAUUUUUUCUACAGACUGAAAAUCCCUUGCAGCGUUGAUUGACUAAUCAACGCUCAAUUGUGUAUAAGAAGAAGGUGAAGCUUUUAGUUAUAGAAAUCCCAUUUCAAUCCCCCAACAAUCUCUCCUUGGGAGCUAGCAACUCAAGCACAAACCAGCAUAGUUAAUUUGGUUAAUUUGCAGUUUGAGUUGAGCUUUUUUUAUUAAUCCCAUAAGAGUUGUUAUGAUAAGAUUUCUAGGUUUGUGUCUCUUUGUUUCACUACUAUGUACUGUUCCGUUCGCCGAGGCGAGAAUUCGUAGAUACAAGUGGGAGGUGAAGUAUGAGUACCAGUAUCCUGAUUGCUACAAGAAACUGGUUAUAGCCAUAAAUGGAAGAACCCCAGGACCCUCAAUCGUAGCACAGCAAUAUGAUACAAUCAUAGUGGAGCUAACGAACAGUUUGUUAACUGAGAAUGUUGCGAUCCAUUGGCACGGAAUCAGACAGAAAGGAACACCUUGGUUUGAUGGAACAGAAGGAGUGACUCAAUGUCCAAUUUUGGCGGGAGACACCUUCACAUACCAGUUUGUUGUUGAUAGGCCUGGGACAUAUUUGUACCAUGCACACUAUGGUAUGCAGAGAGAAGCCGGGCUGUAUGGAUCAAUCCGCGUAUCACUUCCUGAUGGAGAAUCCGAGCCCUAUUCGUAUGACUAUGAUCGAAGCAUCAUCCUUAAUGAUUGGUACCACAAAAGCGCAUCUGAACAAGCCACUGGCUUGUCCUCUAUUCCCUUCGUUUGGGUUGGAGAGCCUCAGUCAAUCUUAAUACAAGGAAGAGGAAGGUUCAAUUGCUCUUCUCCAAGUGUAGAAUCCGGUUCUUGUAACGCGACAAAUCCAGAAUGUUCCCCCUAUGUACUGACAGUAGUUCCAGGAAAAACAUAUAGACUAAGGAUUAGUAGCCUCACCGCGCUAUCAGCUCUUAGUUUUGAAAUAGAGGGUCACAACAUGACAGUGGUUGAAGCUGAUGGUCACAAUGUGGAGCCAUUUGUUAUAAAGAACAUAUUCGUUUACUCCGGUGAGACAUACUCUGUCCUCAUAAUAGCCGAUCAAGACCCUUCGCGAAAUUAUUGGGCAAGUGCGGCAGUUGUUGGGAGGAACAGAACAACUCCAAAUGGCUUAGCCAUUUUCAAUUACUACCCAAACCAUCCUAGAAGGUCUCCUCCAACAGUUCCACCUUCGGGCCCUAAUUGGAACGAUGCCAAUCCAAGAAUGGCGCAGAGCCUUGCAAUCAGGGCGCGACAAGGUUUCAUUGACACUCCUCCUAAUAUAACAGAUAGAAUGAUUGUGUUCCUAAACACACAAAAUGAGGUCAAUGGCCACAGGAGGUGGUCCGUCAAUAAUGUCUCCUUCGAAUUUCCCCAUACACCAUACCUAACCGCGCUAAAGAAGAAUUUGUUACAUGGAAUUGAUCUAAACCAUCCUCCUAAUGGUUAUGAUUUUGUGAAUUACGACAUUUAUAGUGUCGCGGACAAUGCGAAUGCCACUACUAGCAACUCCAUCUAUAGGCUGCAGUUUAAUACAACAGUGGACAUUAUUCUUCAAAACGCAAACACAAUGAACAAAAACGACAGUGAGACACAUCCGUGGCACCUCCACGGACACGAUUUUUGGGUACUUGGCUAUGGCAAAGGCAAGUUUGACAUGUUCAAUGAUCCAAAGAAGUACAAUUUGGUUAAUCCAAUCAUGAAGAACACAGUGCCUGUUCAUCCUUAUGGGUGGACCGCUUUGCGGUUUCGCAGUGAUAAUCCAGGUGUGUGGGCUUUCCAUUGCCAUAUUGAGGCCCAUUUCCAUAUGGGCAUGGGUGUGGUGUUUGAAGAAGGGAUAGAGAAGGUGGGACAAUUGCCAACAUCUAUUAUGGGAUGUGGUGAAAGUUGAAACCAAAGGUUUCCAAAGGCCAUAGAUAUCUUCAUAUAAUUGUAUUGUAUGUUUUUUUUUUUUUUGGAAUGAUUUUUUUUUUUUGAAUUGGUCAGUUUGUUGUCAUUUAGAUUAUCAGCAACUUAAAAUUACCAAUAGAUCAAUGUUACUACUUGUAUUAUUCUUGUAAA